AUGACAAUCAACUAUAAAUGGUGGAAGGAUGCCACGAUCUACCAGGUAUGGCCUGCCUCUUUCAAAGACUCCAACGGGGACGGAAUUGGGGAUAUUCCUGGUAUAGUUUCCAAACUUGACCACAUCAAGAACUUGGGUGCCGACAUCAUCUGGUUAUCUCCAAUGUAUGACUCCCCCCAGAAUGACAUGGGAUAUGAUAUCAGUGACUACGAGUCUGUGUAUCCCAAGUACGGGACUUUGGAAGACAUGGACAUCUUAAUUGACCAGAUCCACAAAAGAGGAAUGAGGUUAAUCUUGGACUUGGUUAUUAACCAUACUGCUGCUGAGCACAAAUGGUUUCAGGAAAGUAAAAGCUCCAAAACCAACCCCAAGAGAGACUGGUAUAUUUGGAAGCCUCCCAAGUACGAUUCUAAGGGUAACAGACAACCUCCCAACAACUGGGUGUCAUAUUUCUCUGGUUCUGCGUGGGAAUAUGAUGAAACCACCGGUGAAUACUAUUUGCACUUAUUUGCCAAAAACCAACCAGACUUGAACUGGGAAAAUGAACACACCAGAAAUGCUCUCUACAAGUCUGCCCUUUCUUUCUGGUUCGAUAAAGGCAUUGAUGGGUUUAGAAUUGAUACUGCGGGUAUGUACUCCAAGGAUCAGAGGUUCUUGGAUGCACCUAUUGUAUUCCCAGACAGAGAGUUCCAGCCGUGCAAAUUAUACCACCAGAAUGGCCCAAGAAUCCAUGAGUUCCAUCAGGAAAUGUUUAAGAGGGUAACUUCCAAGUAUGAUGCAAUGACUGUAGGUGAAGUGGGACACUCUUCUCACGAUGAGGUUCUUAAGUACGUGGGUGCUGGUAGAGGUGAAAUGAACAUGUUAUUCUUAUUUGAUAUGGUGGAACUAGGAUCUGAUCCUCGUGACCGGUUCAUCUACAAUGGAUACAAUUUGCCAGAUCUCAAGACGGCUGUGACUAACCAAGCAGAGUUCAUUGGGACCGAGGGCUGGACAACUGUGUUUAAUGAGAACCAUGAUCAGCCAAGGUCUGUAACCAGAUUUGGUAACGAUGAUCCUAAAUGGAGAGUACAGUCAGGCAAGUUGCUAGCAUUGUUAAUGAGUUCUCUUAGUGGAACACUCUUCCUUUACCAGGGACAGGAAAUUGGAAUGACCAAUGUGCCUAAAGAAUGGCCCAUCGAGGAAUACAAAGAUAUCAACUCCAUGAACUAUUAUAAUGAGUUGCUUCAAGAAGGUGCCAGUGAUGAGAGAAUAGCCCAGUUUAUGAAGGUACUCAAUCUUGUAGCAAGAGACAAUGCCAGAACUCCGGUUCAGUGGGAUGCUUCUGCUCAUGCAGGGUUUUCAACGGGAAAGCCUUGGAUGAGAGUUAAUGACAAUUAUCCCGAUAUCAAUGCCGAGUCUCAGUACAAUGAUCCUCAUUCGCUUUAUAAUUUCUGGAAACUGUGUCUUUCUCUUAGAAAGCAACAUAAGGACUUGUUCGUGUAUGGAGAUCUUGAAAUCUUGGAUUUCGACAACCAGAAGACCUUUUCGUUCUUGAAAAAAUCAGAUGAUAAAACUGUCUUGGUGGUGUUGAACUUUACUGAUAAAGAAAUUGACUUUGAGCCUUUGGUCAAAGGAGAUCUCAAGCUCUUACACAGCAAUUAUACUAAAGUUUCCCAACAGUUGGAACCAUAUGAAGGCAGAGUUUAUAGUGUUUACUAG